GCCACAUGAAACUUGGCCUGUUUGAACGCCUAUACACACAUCGUUACCGUUCGCAAACCCGCCUUAAUGUUUUCACGCUGUCGAGUUUAGGUCUGCCUAGUGUCCAAGAAAGCUUUCUUAAAUUGAACUGCUCCAAGUGGUACGCCCAUCGCCUUGGAUGCUACAGCGUUGUGUUUUCGUUUUAUCCAUGUUUGUAUUCAUCACUUGUAAAAAACUCGGAGUUCGCCAUGUCGUUGCCGCCGUAUAGUGACAGCCCCCUACCGACGCCUUUUUGCAGUCCAGUGGAAAAUGACUUGCCUCCGUCUUACGACGACAUCACAAAUCCAAAUGCUCCUCCUCCAUCAUACCAGUCACUUUUCGGACAGGUUCGAGAGGUGCACAAAGCAUCCAGCGGAGUGAUAGACUUUUUGCGGAGCAUUGUACUCCUAUUGCUAGGCACCCUUGGAUGUACAAUCUUGGUUGGAGUCACAGUGAUCAUUCCUAUCAGCAUGAUAGUGAUAGGUACCACAUACCUAAAUGACUGCCCAGCUGAAAAGUACAUCCCAAUUUUUCUGGUGAUGGGCGGAGUGUUCGGUGUGCUGAAGACGCUACUCGAUGUCUGUGGUAAGUGUCGACGCCCCGACAACAGUGGGGAGGCUGGCCACAGCGUAGCAGAAGAACAGCGUGCUGAAGAGCGUACUUGGAGCACACUUGUGAAUUGUUUUCUUUUUGCCUGGUAUGUUGCUGGCUGUGUGUGGGUGUACCGUGCCUACCCUCCGGACUACACAAACAGCGAAAGCCCUGCAUUUUGCGACAGGACUUUGUACCUCUUUGCAUUUGGCCUCGUCACAGCGGGGCUACUCUCGCUUGGCUUGGUGGCUGCCUGCCUCUGCUGCCUAACACUCUUCUCGUUACUGUCAAGCAAGGAUUGAUAUCGGCGGCGCCUGCCCACAGCUACUGGCCUGGAAAGCCUGCAGACAUGGAUGCCACAGGUACCACCCACAAGCUCGAGACAUCCAUGCCCAGCUGCCCCAAAGAGAGCGUCCACGAAGGCAUGCUGCAACAAUGAGUGGCACAGUGAUGCUGGAUUUUUAGUGGUGUGAAACCUACGCGAGGCUUCUCUGAGAGUGCUACUUUCACGAAUGAUGGAGAGCGGUUUAGACUGUUGCGUGGAAGUCCCACUCAUUCCUAUGAACAUUUCGGUACUGAAUGCUUCGUUGAUAAAGGAGACAGGCGUAAAUGUAGUUUUCAGUGAAACCAUAGACUCAUUCACACUCACAUUGUGCACAGGGGUAGCAUUCCCUAGUGCUUUUUGUUUAAUACCAAGUUUGGAUGCUGUACUUGUUCUGACCAGAAUGUGCUUGUGUGUCAUCUACAGCAGUGAUGAAUGUAAAGCAACAAUUUCCGCAGUGAUAGGAACAACGAUGCUAUCUGUUUGCAGAAGGGUAAAAUUGUUCCACAUUUAGUCUUUGUGGCAAACUUUUCGUUCCUGCGGAACAAGUUGUGCCACUGUUCCAAUGUAUGCUUGUGACUUAUUUUGAAUGAAGCAAGCAAGAGUGAACGUUUAGGAUUGUUAGUACUAUGUUGCCUUAACCAACAGUGCAAAGACACAAGGAUGAAGAGACAACCGAGCACCAUAUUGCAUUAAUUCCAACAGUUUUAUUUUGAAAAAGAAAGGCGCCACAUACUUAGGAUACACUUACUUGUCAUACUGAGCUACAUUUAUCACACAUACACAUGGGAUCUAACCAUCAGUAUAACAAAUAACAGAAUACCUAUUGGAGUUCCUUAGUUCCUUUUACUACAAGUGAACAGCAGCUUGAAAUUUUUGACAAGUAUGCAAACUAUGUGAAAAUAGUUGUGUAAUUAGAGACCCCUCACUUCUGCAAGCUGCAAGAAACAAGCAUAAUCUGAAAUAAACCCUCCGGGUGGACUUGUUCAUCGUACUUCCUAAUUGCUGCUCCCUUUUUCAACUUCAGUGCAGCAGAACGUGCAGUAAAGCUGCACAUUCCUGGUGGCAGUUACCUAGUUAUCCAAGUUAGCAUCAAAGAUGUUCACUGAAGAGCGGCACACACCUACUGGCACCUACCCAGUGACACAAAUUGGUAUCGAAGAGAGAGAAUUUAUUAGAGCACAGCCCUUAGGUGCCAGUUCUUGUGGAAAGCGUUGGUGUCCUACCUCAUAAUUGGGCGAUCGAGCACAGUGAAAGAUGAGAGCAAAUGCAGAGCGCAGUGGGCAAUGAAAGACGGGAAAGAGUGAAGAGAGCGUGAGGAGAAAAGCAUAGUACUGCGCACGAGGAGCUUUGUGACGACGAUGGCUACGAGAUGGCGCCAGAGUAACCUGCAUCUUCUGUAUGGAAACAAAGCGCUGCAUGAGCGGAGGUUGUCUACGGUGGCUGCUGUGAAUUGCGCCUGCUCUUCACCCACGACCUUCCUCUCGUGAUCUCCCAAUUAGCGAGGCAGUUGUACCACACUUUGCUUCAUUUGCAAUGUGCCGUACGAAACAGGUUGUCCGCACGAGCCAAUAUAUUGUGAAAGGAAAACACGUAUACAGCUGCGCUGUAAUUUUGCAUUAGGGAGUAUCGUAAUUGUCGGUAUAUUUAUUUGAAACGAGGAACUGACCACAGUGCUCUUGCCACCUUGUCAUCAACAAAAGGAACCAGACAUCGACCUUUACGCAUCUCACGUUGGUCAGCGUGCCUACUCCAAGUCAGCGUUGAAGAGAUUCCUUGAAGAGUGGUACAUACGCAGUACCACAUAACCAGUCUCGCGUCCCCAGUGACCCAUGUCCACAUCAAAGAAGUUCGUUGGAGACUGGCACGUAGGUGCACAGUGCCACAUAUGCAGUGACCCAAGUUUAUCCCACGGUUGGUUUCGAACCCUGUUUUGUCAGCACAGCAGCCAGAUGUGCUGCUCAUUCAACCAUGGAGAAAACGGUGAUUCAUAUAGGAUAGAAAGUGUGUGAAGUACCAUAAGAAUGCUAAUCGCAUUAAAAAACUUGAAUAUUAAAAGUAAUUAAACAAUGAAUUGCUGCUCCUUUUUCGAACUUCAGUGACUUAUGCCUGUCAUUUCCGAACCGAAGAGGCCACAUCUGUUAUAGGCCUGCUCCUCAUUACCUCAUGCCUACCAUGCAAGAACGCUGUGGAAAGGGUACUGAUACAUGUACCCGCUUCCAAUGAGCUAGCUUUCUGACAUUACUUAUCCCUGACAUGAGCUGAUCCUUGUGUCUGGACAAAAUGGUGUGCUCUACUAGUGGGGAGCACCCUAUGCAUUUCUCACUGGGUUGAAAGCCGUCCUUCAUACAGUUAGGGACAAAAUGUUGUGGUCCGCGAUCACAUAAUAAACGCUGAAUUUCGCUGAAUUUAGCAUGCACGACCAGGCACCGAGAGAUGCGCAAUCAUUCCAAGUGAGGAAAUUUAGUUGGCCUGUCUCAGUUUGAAGCCAUUUCAAAAUUCUGCAUUUUCUAUGUGGCUGUAAUCCACGAAAUUUUGUCCCUGACUGUACAUUCUCGUUGCAUUGUGAACACGUUCUCAGCCAGCCUUCCCAACCUAAUACAUACCGGGAGAGAGUGGAAUAUGGUAGACUGCAUUUGGUAUGUACCCUCUACAUGUGGCGACGUUUUUUUCCAGAUAAAAUUGUUGGGAGUAGCACAUGGCAGUGUCAAAUUCUGUCUCUUUGUCCUUCUAAUCUUAGUUAUAGUAGUGAAACUGGCAAGUACUGCAUCCAAAUUUGGUACUAAACAAAAUUAACAAGGUGCCACCGCUGCGUGAAAUUUGAGCUAAAGCAAGCCAGCAAGUUAGAAGAGCCAUUUAUACCUGGCUGCCUUAUCAACAUCACAUAUUAUGAAAUAGAAUGGUGUGGCAGGCUUUUAUUGCUCUGUUACGUGCCGUUCACGGCUUCAAAAUUGGCCUUUCAUUUCUCCCUGUAUGCUGUGACCAAAGGGCAAAAUAAUGGUGCAGUCGACUUCCAUUCAUCCAAUUCAGGACAUGCGAAGUUGGCUCAAAUUACACAAAGUUUAAGGAUGUGUUCAGAACUUGCAUUGAGUUGAACAUUCAGUAUUUAUUGGAAGUGUCUCAUUGACAUUACCUCUGCGGAUGCUCAUAAGCUUAAAGACUCAUUGUACAAGCAGUGUUGUUGAAAAGCCUAACAGACAUUGUCUUCAUGCAAGAAAAAAAAUGUUUCAUAAGCCAAAAUGUUGUUUGCACUUCUUGUGGAGGUGAAUGAAGCUUCUAGACCUCCACAUCAUUGCUACUGCUGCUGUCGGACUGCCUUACCUGUGCCGUGCUAUAGCCAAAAUUUGUGACAUCUUCAUUGUUCAGGAUGCCGCAUAUUUCUGCGUUAGUAGUGUUCACGGACUCUCUCAUGCCGACAUUGCCUAGAACUACAUGGUCUAUAAGGACCAACAACUAAGAUAAUCUGUCCACACUGGAACUGUUGUACAGUGGUGUAAAAGUACAGCUUGUGAAACAGUUUUGUGAUUGUUGGUGGCUUUAAGUCUUUGUGCGUUUCUUCGAACAGUGUUGGUGCAUUUGGUCUGGCCUGUAGCACUGGUAAUUUAGCAGCCAUCAGUCUGCUCUAGUGCACCAUAUCUGAUAUUCAACAUCUCAUGUAUGAAGUAAUAUGCUCGUUUUAUCUUUUCCUUUCUUUCCUUUUUUUUUGUUCUGCAGGAACAUACGAUCACAUGUUCAACUUGACAUUUCAAGUUUGACCAACAAGCUUUUUAUACAAAUUCCCAGUAUAGACACUUCCCAGCUGCAUUUGCAAUGGCAUUCUGCCAUUGCCUUAAGCAGGGCAUACCACAAUUCCUAUGUUGUUUUUUUUCUCUGUUUUAAGCAUGAGAAAGCCAGUCUUGAACUUUUUCAUUCUUUGUGUUAGCAAAAGUAGGCAGGAAAGCAUUGCAGAACAUAGGUAUUAAGCAAUCACGACAUCUUUAGAAGGCAGCAUGUAAGUAAGCAGGCUGCUGUACUCUACAAAGGCUGAGCAUGUGAACUAGUGCAUGCUUCUGUAAGAGCUCAGCUUGAGUCGUGGGCCAGGUUUACACUGCCCAUCUCCUACUUGCAUGGACAGGGCCCUAACCAGAGUGUGCAUGCAUAUGAUAUGGGCUGAUGGCACACUACUUCACCGUGACAGUGAUGUGCAGAUUGUUUGCACAGUACUGCAAAUCAUUGCUACAAGUUAGACUGCACAAGACGCUGAAAGUUUCCCUGUUCAUAAUAUGCAUGGAAGUCGCAUCGCACAUUAGCUAUUUUGCAUUUUAAGUUAAACUGCCAAUAUCUUUUUGCACACAGUAGCGUAGGCACAGCCGGACUUUUGAACAUGUUGCAUCAAAGGAAAGAAUGCAUUAAUGGAAGCUGACUGUAAUGUCUAAAAAGAAACUGUUCUGUACUUAUUCUGCAAGCUUGUCAGUUCACUAAUGAUUUUGGCAUUGAUAUUUAUCUGUGUGCAGUAUACUGACAGGUCCUUGAAAUAAAAUACAGCAGUUUCAGUGAGUUUAUUUAUUUUCCGUGUUAGAGGAGGGAGCAUGGGCACCUUUCCAGACUGCCGAUCGGUUGUGUGAGUAUAAGAUACAUAAGAACAAUGAAGUACUGAAUGGGCAUGAGUCAUGGUGCACAAAGCUGGAUGGAGUUCCAGUUUAUGUGACAGAUGGCAUAAUGUUGUAUGCUCAUUUAUUAGCCAGUAUAGCUUUGCCGCUAAUGGUUACUGCUUUGGCUACUGUUGGAAUUGGCUAUCCAAGCCAUCUCACAGAAAUGUUCUCCCAUUGCGAAUAAAGUGGUAAACAUUUGCA